AUGAUUGUGUACAAAUACAUUAUCUUAUUGGAGAGGCAGCUACAGCAGAAAUGGUCUGUCUUAACAAAUACAUUAGAUGGGCAGCAGCAGCAGCUAAAACUGCAGCACUGCAGCAAAGGCAGCAUACCAUUACCUCCCCCUAAGCCACUGCAGCAGCAUGCAGCAGCAACAGCAGCAGCAGCAGCAUAUGCAGCAGCAGCAAAAGAAGAAGAUAUAACACCUGUAUCUGCUGCUGCAGCAGCAGCAGCAGCAGAUGACGAUGAUAUUGUAGAAGUUCUUCAGUCUCCUACAGACCAACAAUCAGCAGCAAUCAAGAGACAGCAGCAGCAGCAGCACCAGCAGCAGCAUGAACAGCAGCAGCAGCAGCAGCAGCAGCAGCAGCAGCAGCAGCAGCAGCAGGGGCUGCUGCAGUUCUUUAAGAAGCCACGUGUUGAUUAG